GUCACGUGAUGUUUGGGUGCCGGCGGUGACGGCGGCAGGGACAAUACUGCUGAGCUGGGCCUUGGCUCCAUUGGGUUAUUGCUGCCAAGUUCCCAACAAGUGGCUCCACAACACAGCAGAAUAAAAUUGUGGAUUAGAAGAAAGUCUUGUGUGCCCAGGAGAGCAGGACUUGGGAAGCAGCUGGUUUGAAGUGUAAUCCCGCAUCCAUCACUAUCCAGAAAAUGUCUUAUGGAUCCAUUGAUGGGAGUGGAUUUGGGAGCAGGAACCCAUUUGGAGGCCCCUCAAGACAAGGCUAUCAACCUCUUGCCACCCAGAUUGAUCCCAGUGAACUGCAGGAACUUUUUCAGGAGACUUCAGCCAACGUCUUCCGAAUUAACUCCAAUGUGACCUCUCUGGAAAGGAGUCUUCGAUCCCUGGGGACCUCGAACGAUACUCAAGAGCUGCAGGAUGGACUGCACGCCACCCAGCAGGAGACUAAUAAAACCAUCACGACUAGCACCAAAGCCAUCAAGCAGCUGUCUGAGGUUGUCAGAGGCUCAUCCAGGCAAGAACGGCUGCAGCUGGACAGGCUGAAGAACCAGCUCUCAGAUGCCAUCCAGAGAUAUGGAGCUGUGCAGAAAAAAAUAGCAGAGAAAUCCAAAGCUUUGCUCCCUACUGGGCAGAGAAGCACCAAACAGCAGAGCCCUAAGGCCCCUUUCUCUGAGCUGCCUGACGACGAGAAGAUCUUUAACGACGGCGCGUGGCAGAGCCAGGGCCAGGAGCAAGCCCUGCUCUCGGAAAUCACCGAGCAGGACCUGGAAGCCAUCCGCCAGAGGGAAGAGGCCAUCCAGCAGAUUGAGAGUGACAUGUUGGAUGUGAACCAGAUCAUCAAAGACCUGGCCUCCAUGGUGCACGAGCAAGGGGACACAAUAGAUAGCAUUGAAGCCAACAUUGAGGCCUCUUCUUCUAAUGUAGAAUCAGCCAAUGAGCAGCUGGCAAAAGCAAGUCAGCACCAACUACGAGCCAGGAAGAUGAAGUGCUGCCUCCUGUCCGUGGCUUUGGCUGUUCUGCUCCUCGUUGUCAUCAUCAUCGCUGUCUCUGUCAAGCACUGACCUGCCUGAGCUGUGCACAGACCUUCUGCUUUUGGAGCUGGCUGGAUUAUUUCAGUCCUUGAUGCACUACCCUGUCCCUGUGUGCUGCUCCUCUUGCCACCAACAAAAGCAGUCACAGCCCUGUGUGUCAGGGUCUGAGGGCAGCCUGGCAGAGAGGGAAAGAUUGACAAGUGGCUUUGUGGCAUUGCCAUUUGCAGCUCUCUUGUUCCUUCCAAGCAGGAGACAAGUCUGGGCACCCUCCUCUGACACACACAGAAAUUCUGACAUUUGUGCCAUGCAGCUCUCCCUGGCCAUGUCAGGUGUUGAAGCACAGCAGUUCCUACUCAGUGUUGAACAGAGAAAUAAUUUAACCUAAGGAACUUUGUAAAUAAAGGCAAAGCAUAGAGAAUUUUGUUUCAUGGUACUGCUUUUGCUUUUUAAAUUGUUAUCACAAGGAUUUUCUUGGUGUCUCUGUUUUCUCCACACAUCUAUAUGUGGCUUAAUAUGUGAGUGGCUGAGUUUUCAACCUUGUUUCAAUCUUUCAAGCUCUGUAAGGGUCAUAAUAUUUUUGG